GAACCUCCUCCACUCCACAGUACAGAAACUGUUCGAAUCCUAGUUAGGAGUCACAGUUACUAUAACUCUAAUAAGUUCUUCUUCUUCAUUGAACUUGAAUUCGAGAGCUGUAUGAGAUUUUCCAUUUGAUCGUAUUUCUGCGAUUUCUUCACCACGAAAGAACUCAGGACAAACUCAUUUUCAACAACAAUCAUGGAUUCCAUGAGAUCUUUGAAUACCUCCCUUCCAGGGGGCAAAUCACCCUCAAAACAAGUGCACAGCGAUCCUCCGCAACAAGUUCUGAUCGCACAAUUCAAAGCUGCCGCUUUAUCCGUCACCAAUCUCUACAAAACUGCCGCUGCAGAUCAAGGAAGGGCCAGGGCUGAAGGUUAUCAAGAUGCACUGGAUGAACUUUUAAGUUUCCUCGAUAAAGAAGAUAUUGGAUUGAGCGAUGGCGAGGGUUGGAGGAUUCGGAGAUGGGCGACCGAGAGGUUGGAUGGUCGGGAUACAGCAUCACACAACGACAGCGACGACGAGGUUCUUGAAAAAGGAGAUAGGGGAUCAUCACCAGUAAUUCAACGAUCGCAAAGUUCAAGUCAUAUUUCAACCUCAACUUCUAAACCAACAAGAACUGCUUCUCCAAUGAGCGCAGAAACAGCGCCUCCACCUGCGACCGUUGUUCUGCCCGACCCAGAACCUCCAACCAUUACCGCGCUUCCACAAGGCACAUUCACUUUCCGAUCUUCGCAACAGUAUCCACAAGAUCCCGAUAUUUUAUUGUCAGAUUUAGAUUUAUCAGAUAAAAAUCGCCCUCAAUCCCAUGACAAUUUCGGUAACCAGUCAGCGGGUAUUUCCCUCACUCGGCCUUCACGAACCAACGCAAGACACAACAAUCAUGCUUCCCGAUUAAACUCUAGAUCCUCGACACAGAUAAACAGAGGAGCUGGUCAAAAAAGAAAAAUAAAUUUUGGCGAAUUCUUUGAUCUAGGAAAUUUAGGGCAUGGAGACGAUUCUUUCGGUGGGGGUGGAAAGAGGGGAAGAUUCGUUUGAACGGCCACUACUUUCCUGCCUGCAGACUGUACAUAGCGAUGUAUUAUAUCUUCUACGGGGGGUACUAAACCACAUCUUUACAUUUGGUGGAUUAUGGACGAUUUGUAACGACCUUGACGAUAACAUGCCUACACAAGUUCGGGAACUUGUUCCUAAGCAGCAUCUAAAUGGGGGUAAUGGAGUAGGGGAACAGAAGACCGUGCAUUGGAAGGCGUCAAUUAGACAGCGAAUUUACCUGUCCAUGGGGGCAAAUAAUGGUCUCUAUGUAUAGACUAUUUUUCUUUCUUUAAUCAUCAAGUUAAAUACCCAUCGUUAGUUUUCAAGUUUUUAAAUUUAGAAGAUUUCCUGUAUUUUAUAUUGCGAUACGAUCAAGCAUUGCCAGUAUCUCGACCAGUGUCGAAAAAUUACCUUCUCUUUCUUUCUAUCGAAUGAUAAAUUUGAGAUUCCGAAC